AUAAAGGCACUUAUAGCCGCUUCGCUUUUUUACCUUUCCGUACUCGGCGCAGCGCGUUGCCAGAGCCUGUACGUUUCCUCUGUGUUCAGUUUGUUACACUGAGUCAAAUGGACUUCACGAUUCGCGCCGCUACGCUUGAGGACUGCAAGGAUGUCGCGCGCAUGAUCACGGAGCUGGCAGAGUAUGAGAAAGCUGCAGACCAUGUGGAGAUUACACAAAAAGAUCUAGAGCAGGAUGGCUUCUCUAAAAACCCAUUUUUCCAUGGAAUAAUUGCAGAAGUUCCUGAACAGCACAAGUCCAAAGACGGUCAUAGUAAAGUAGGGUAUUCCCUGUACUUCUACUCAUACAGUUCAUUUAAAGGCCGGGCUGUGUACAUGGAGGACUUGUAUGUGAUGCCAGAGUUCAGAGGAAAAGGCAUUGGCAAGGCACUGAUGAGAAAAGUUGCACAGCUAGGACUGGCUGCUGGUUGCACUCAGCUGAAUUUUUCUGUGUUGGACUGGAACAAGCCAUCUCUCGACUUCUAUUUUAGUCAAGGCUGCCAGGACGUGACCUCUGACCUGGGCUACCACUACUUGCGCUGCGAGGGGGAUGCCCUUGAAUACCUGGCACAGGGAGACCCCUAAAUUUCAGGGCACAUCUGUUCCUCAACAUCCCUAACCAGAAUAAAUAAGCUGCAGGUUAUCAGUUCAACACAGGGAAGAAGCAAAAGUAACCACUCAAGAACGGUUUAAUAAUUAUGUGAAAGCUGACUUUUCCCUCUGUUCUCUGUGUAGAUUUUUCCCAGGGCACACUCUAGUGUUUUAUUAAUGAAGUAAAUCAGGUGUGUUGAAGACAACCAAAGACACAAGACAUGUUUAUGUAAACUGUGGUGUAAUGUUACAUGUUGUUGUCAAACACAGUGCUGAAAGUGUGUAACUGGACUGCCUCCUUGUGGCUAUGGCAUUUUUAGAUGUUUACAGAGUAGAUGGUAGUAAUUACACUUUAUGUUUGCAUUGUUGGUAGGUCAAAACAUCCAUGUCCAUCAUGUCACGUUUUGGGUGUUUGUUCGGUGGUCCAAGCUUAGUGUUAAUACAUACAAUUUUGAUUUUUAGUAACUUGAAAUUUUGAACAAACAUGUUUAAUGCUUUUCUCUCAAGAACCAAUAACAGUGUAAAAACAUUAAUGCAAUGAGUGCAAUAAGCUCAUUGCCUCUUGCAUUUUAGGCACUAUUAUAAUAUUACAGCCACCUACUAAGGCUACACAAUCAGCAGCUUCAAACAGCAACAAGUAUUCAUCCAUUAUCUACAGUACUGUACAAACAUCUGACACUCUUCAUGUAUUUAAUUUCCAGCCAGAACAGCCAUUAAGUAGACGUUAUUCAUUUUGUAAGGACAAAAGCACAAAGCAUGUAUUUAACAGAACAUGACGCUGUCAUAUAAUUCAGUAUUUAGUAUUUCCACACUUUGCUUUUAUAACAGCUUCCAUUCUUCACACUUUCAAUUUUUCAAAGUAAUCCGCAUGGCUCACUCAAAGGUCUGGACUCUGGGGUGGACAGUCCACGGUUCUGAGAGCACAAUUUUCGUACUUGAUUUGCGAUUUGUCUUCUUUUUUUUGUCUACUUCUUGUUCUCAAUAAGAUCUUCUUACCAGCUACACGUCCUUUUAGACUCAUAGUGUUGAGUUGUCUUCUCACAGUGGAAGGAUGGACAGAAACACCUGUGGAUUUUUCUCAAAGAUGAAAGCUUUAAGUGCUCUUUAAUAUCUAUAUUUAGUUUUUUCACUUUCCUGUUUCUUAUGUAAGUGGAUGAUCUCAUAUCUCAUCUCCCCAGAAAUAUAUAAAUAUAUAAAGAACAACUUUUAGUAGUAUAAUGUAUAUAUUAGUAUACUGGCUACUUUUAAAUGAAAUGAAGGGUGGUCUGUGACUUUUUGCAUAGUACUGUAUAUGUAAUGAAAUCUUAUGUGUACUCUGUGUGAUCAUUGACCAUCAUACUGCAGUGAUAGAGAUACUUUAGAGAUACUGUCUCUUUUUGUGCUAGCUGAGAUCAGUGAGAAUCAAACAAUGGAAAAGAAUGUUAAAGAUAUAAAAAGUACUCUAAGAGUGUAAUACUAUGUUCAAGUCUGUUUAUAACUGUGUGUAUAGAUGAGGACACUAUUGCACUUUGCUCUGCUGGACUGUUUAUCCUUUCUCUUAGAAGAUGUUCUUCUCUGACAGUAAAACUUGUUAAGCAAGACAGCACUGUUGUAUUUUAGGGUCCCUGCCAAGUAGUACGCUGGGAAUAGAACGCUGUGUUGUUUCAGCAGCACAGUGGUGCUAAGUCGGUGUCAUAACUGUGUACAAGUUACAGCUUGACAUUAUGUGUGUGUGUGUGAGGACCAUUGUUGCACCUUAGGGUUCAUUAGUUCAUUAGUAUAUGUUUACAACAAGCACAUAAAGAUAAUAAUUAUUACAUGAUUUGUCUUUGUAUUAAGUGUGUAACUUUGCAAGUAGACACCAUAUAUUAAUAUAAAAAUAAACAUAAAUAGAGUAAAAGGUUUUUUUAAAAUAUAUAUAUAUGUAUACAUACUCUGAGAUUUCUCUCCAAUGCUCUUAAUCAUCAGACUGAUUUGUUAAAUUCCAUCAACAACACUGACUGGAUUUAGUGAAUAACUGACUAGCUAAGCCUGGCACUGGAUGAUAAACUGCAAAUAAUGCUGGGCAGCUGUGAGGAGAGGUUUGGAAAUGACUAACCAUAUACAUUCAUGUAUAAAAUCACUACUUAUUGUAUUAAUAUUAUUUGUCGUUUUUUAAUAUCGGUGUUUUUCUGGACAAAUAUACUCUUACCGCCCAGGGCCCGUAUUCACAAAGCUUCUCAGAUAAGCAGUGCUGAUCUAGGAUCUGUUCCUAUCAGUAAGACCAUCAUAAAUAAGACAUCUGAUCCUAAAUCAGCACUCCUGCUUCAAGAGGCUUUGUGAAUACAGGCAAGAUUAAUAGCUUUUUGAAUACAGCUGUCUCAGGGGCCUAACACAUGGCACCAUGCUGUUUAUGCAGAGGUCUUAGGCAGCCAAGAAAAUUGCUCAAAGCUGUUUAUCUGUUUAAUCUUAUCUGUCUGUCAGUAACAACACUAUGUAACAUUAGAAUAGAAACACUGAGCCAUGUGUUUGAUUCUAUCAGCAGCACACAUGAGGUCAUGUAAAGAAGUACUGAUUAGCUGAAGCAGGGAUUGGAUGAUAAUUGUAUACUGGAAUUCCCCCAAGGAGAAAUUUGGAAAUGUUUAAGCUAACACACUGACACAAAAUCACAAUGUAUUGUUUAUUUGUUUGUAGGUCUUAACUGUGUUUAUCUGUUCUUUAAAGCAAAUAAAUCCAAACACCCAGACAAAUAGUGAUACCUGUCAUUUUCUUCGAUGGCUGUAGUACUGUAUUUAUAUAACUGAGCUGUUGUUCUGUUGCACCUGUGUGGAGCAUCACUGAUGGCUAUGAUGACAUCUUUUGAACAUGUCCUUACAAGCUGCUGCUUUGUGAUGUCCACUGAUUACCAGUUGUCACUUUACUGCAAAUAAAGCUUAAACACAC